CUGCAUUCUUACAGCAACAGAUUUUAUUAUACUUCCGGUCUCCUUCCAAAGUUCUAUUUUUAUCUUUGAAAAGCGUUUUUUUUUUUAAUUCUGCUUGACCUAGAAAAUGUUGAGUGGGCGACCAUACCUUGCAGUGGGAGGUUUACUAGGUGGCAUUGGAAUUGCAGUAUACUUUGCAAUCAUACAGCCUUAUAUGAACCCUGGGAUGUGGCAGGAAAAGCAGAAAAUAGGAAGAGCAGGAAUUGAUAGAGAAAAAAUACAACCUGGAGGUAUGAAGGUUUGGACAGAUCCAUUUGAUAGAACAAAAGACCAAGGGAAAUAACUUAUGGCGGGUACAGAUCUAAACUUAUAGAUAAUAAAAUUAUUGUUGGAUUUGAUUUUGGAAAUGUGAAAUAGUGAAACGAACAUUUGUGAUAUGAAAUAAUGAAUUCAGAUUCAAAGUGCUAGUUAUAUAAUGUAUUGGAUUUGUGAACAUCAUGAUUUCAUGUUUUCGUAACGAUAAGGGGGAUAAUUAUGUUAAAACUGUACUGGAAUAUUUUUAAUAGAAAUUAUUAAAAUGGCAUCAUGAGACACUAUGGUAUAAUAUGACUUCCAGUACCAACUGUAGUAAGGUGUUAUUGUAGACUUCUGAAUUAUCAUAAAUUAAUCACAAAAGUGAACAGUUUACAUGAUCAAAACAGGCCUAGAAUAACUCUUUUAUAGCAUGCGUAACAGGCCUAGAAUAACUAUUUUGUAGCAUGAGUAACAUGCUUACAAUGACUAUUUUGUAGCAUGCGUAACAGGCCUACAAUAACUCUUUGUAGCAAGAGUAACAGGUCUAUAAUAACUCUUUGUAGCAUGAUUGACAGGCAAAGAAUAACUCUUUUGGGAUAGGGAUCUGACAUAAGCAUUUUGCCUGUUCCCCAAUUUCCCAUUCAUUUAUAGUAAAUCAAAUAUGUCUUUAAAAAAACCCUCUUUGUAGCAUGAGUAACAGGCAAAGAAUAACUCUUUGUAGCACGAGUAAUAGGCCAAUAAUAACUCUUUGUGGCACCAGUAACGGUUGAGUAUGAAAGAGAAUAUACAUGUAUUUUAUUUUUUAAAAAUGAGUAAAAUAAUAUUAGUGCUGUAAGGGUGUGUGUGGAUAGGUAUACUUUAUCUUUAUUAAUUUUUUUCAAUGAGAUUUAUUAAUUAAACUGGGAAUACCCAGGUCACAUUUCUAUGGAAUACAAUUACUGUUUAUUAUUGAGCGACGUCCCAUUCUCAUCAUAUUUUAUAUUGUUUUAUUGUUGAUAAAGACUAAAUAAUGCUAGUCGAAACGUUGUUCAGUAAUAAUCGUAUUCCAUAAAUUUGUGACCUGUGUAUUCCAUCUUUAUUAAAGAUGACCACUGUUCUUGAUUUAGGGUAUAUACCUGUCAGGACAUGGGACAAGAAGUUUAUUAAUGUCUCCAAAUUGAAUAAGAUAAUGUGGAGAAAUAAUCUAUUUACUAGAUCUGAAAGUUUCAGCUUAAAAUACUGGGCCAUUUGGAAACGAAUACUGUGACAGUGUAUACGAGUCAAAAUCUGGUAUCUCUUUUAGAGCUCUCACUUCCAGUUUUUCAUAAAGUAAUCUGAUAAAUGUGAUCUGAUCAAUUUAAAACCAACAAUAUCCUGCAGAACAUAACAGUUGACAGUUUGAAUUGGAAGUAGAGCAAGUGGAAUGUCCGUCAUAUUACACUGUAUGGGUAUGUCUGUCUUAAUUAGCCUGGAUGUUGCUGAAAUAUAGGAUGUUAAACCCCAUUUCAUUUUAUUUUUAAAGGAUCAAAUUCAUUUGUUUUUGUCUGCGAUAUCACCCUAGGUGGAAGUGAAGGUAAAGCCCUAGGAAUGAACGAAUAAGGUUUGGUUUUGGUAAGAUGUAUUGCCUGUAUACUUUAAAAAAUCAAAAUAAUACUUUUACGAAACAAUCCAGAGGGGUUAUAUUUAAAAAGAGAGAAAAUAGGUCAUAGUUUUUCAAAUUAUCUUGUUCUUAUUUGAUGGAUUAUCUUUAUACCAAUUCAAGAAAAUCUUUAUCAACAUAAAAUAUCCUGAUUAUUUGGUAUUUUCACAACACUGAUAAAAUGAAGAUUUGUGUGUUAUAAAGAUUAAUUGACUACCCCAUUUCUUCUAUGUAGCAAUUUGCGCUAAAAAAUGGGAGCCACAAUAGCUCAGUGAGUAAGGCGAUGAUGUACUAACCGGGAGGUCCGGGAUUCAAUCCUGGUGUUAGCCGGAAAAGUUCUCUGGAAUUUUCUAGCAUGGUUUCCCCUUGUCAGUGGUGCAGGGCGUUGACGAAGACCGAUUUCCUGUCUACACAUUGACAGUUAAAAUUCAAUUGCUGUUCAUGGCAAAGUUUCCUUAGCAGCACACUGUGUGGUGUAUGCCCAUCUUCAUUAGCCCAGUUGGUGCAGAAAAAUAGAACGUUAAACCCAAUCUCAUUGAUACAAACAUGUACUAAAAUGCCUCAAAAAUAACCCUAGAAACCGGCAUUUUUGCUGGUAUUCAUCUUUCAAAUCCAUUAUUUGAAAAAAAUAUGCACAAAUGGUCCAUAUCCACGUAAAGAUGCAUUAUGUAAGAUUUAGAUAAAGAGCUGGUCAUUCUUGCUAUAAUAGUUUAAAUAUAGAUAACAGAUAAUGAAAAAUGAAUAUAUUGAAAAUUCAAAUUAUAUUAUUCUAAGCGAGGUUAUGGGUGUUGAAAGAUGUAGCACAAAUUGGUUAUUAUCGUAGAAACGUUAUUGGACAACAGAGAUUUAGUCUUGUUUGUCCAUUUUAUCGUUAAAUUUUUAAAUCACACAGGCUUCCUAAUCCAUUUAAAUCUCUGCCAUCCGAUGAUCUAGAGAGUCAAUUAUGGGUCUAUCAGGUUAAAAAUGUCUAAAUAUAGUUUAUAUAACAUUUGAAGCCAAAAUAAAAACAUGCAAUAGGCAGAUUUAGCUCUUACAUAAUGCAUCAUUAACCUAUAUGAAUAAUGAUAAAUGUAUAUAAUGUACAGUCUUUAAUCAUGUGAUAUAACUUACUGUAUGUAUCAUUUUAACUUGAAUAUGCAUUUGACAAGGGUGAAAAAUGAAAUUAAAAAUAGUAUUUUA